AUGUUAAUAAAUACAAUAAUUAAAAAAUUUAUCAAUCAAAUACAUCAAGUUGAAAAAGACUUAAAAGAAAGCACUUCUUACAAGGAACACGAUAAUUAUAAGCCACAUAAAACAUAUGUCGAAUAUUCGAAUACACCUGGUAAAGUGUCAUUUGAUGGCAAAAUACCAAACAACCAAUCGAAUCUCACAAAAAGUUUAAGAGGAAAUAUUAGAAAUGCGGUGAUAAUUGAAAAUAAUGAUUUUAAUAUUAUUGAUAAUGGCAGUGAUAAUAGUAUUGGUAAUGGCAUUGAUAACAAUGAAAAUGAAGAAGAUCAAAAUCCAGUAUUAAACAAUGAUGAUAAUAUAACUCGAACAUUACCAUUACAAGAUUCUCAAUUAUAUCAACAACACAAUCAUCAGAUGGAAAAAAAUGACAGCAGUGUUGAGGGCAGUGGCACGUUGUCGAAAAAAAGUAGUUUUGAAAAAUUACGAGAAGGUUCCCCCGUCAACAACAACAAUAUUCAGCAACGACCACGUGGUGCUCGUCCAUUAGAUAAAAAAACAAUUUUUAUACCCAUUCGUAUGAAUAAUAACAACGUUAAUAAUGUUGAUGUUGGAAUUAUAGUUGGAAGUAAAACUGAACAAGUCCUUAUACCUGAAAGUCCGAUAAUUCCAAUACAUAAUCACCAUAUUCAACAACAACAGCAAACAAUUUUAUCGUCGACUUUAGAAAAUGACGAAUUUUUCCGUGAAUUAGAAAAACAAAAGCAAAACAUAAUUGAUGCAAAAAAAAGAGAAAAUCUUAUGAAGUCGACUAAAGAAUUAGAAUUUAAUUCGUGUGGUAAUGAAAUAAUGAAUAAUCUUGAAGUUGGAUCAGAUAAAUAUAAAAUAGUCGAUGUUAUUGUAAAGAUGAAACAACAAUUAAAAUACUACAAGACAAAUAUAAAACUUCAGUCACAAUUAGCAUCACAAAAAAUUUCAGAAAGUGAAAAGUCUCGUAUAGAUGCAUUAGACGAAGUAGCAACAAUUAAAUUACAAAAUUUACAAAUAAAUCAAUUAAAACAAGUGUUGAAAGAACAACAAAUGAUAUUUGAUAAAGUACAAAAAACAUUGGUAAUAGCUAAUAAAAGAGCUGAUGAUACAGAGCAACGAUUGAAGGAUUCGAGCCAAGAAGUGGCGACGUUAGAGAAAGAAAUGUCGAGUUUGAAACUUGAAUUAACCAAUAAGUCAAGAUUAUUAGAUAAAUCAUUAAAGAAAUCAGAUGAAUUGGAAAGAUUGUUGAUUAAGGCACAAAGUGAAGACAACAACGAUGAAAACGAUGAAUAUGAUGAUUAUUUUGAAUAUGAUAAUAAUAAUAUUAUUAUUGAAAAUAAUAUUUAUGAUAACGUUGAUGAUAUUGGUGAUGACAAUGUUGUUGAUGAUAAUAAUGAUGGUAAUCAAUAUUUAUUAAUAUAA